GGUGAUAAGAGAUUUGAAUCACCUUACCUGGAGCUAGGAGAUAAAAAGAACACCCUUACAGCUAUAAGCGUUUUUCAUGCUUUGCAAUGAGCAAUGAGUAAAGUAAAAGUCAGUCGAUUGAGUGAGACCAUUCUCUAUUAUAUUUGAUUCUAUACUAGAAGCAUAACAGCCCAGAGAACUAUCCUCUACAAGAGAAAAAUUUAUUUUAAUUUUAAAAAAUUAUUUUGACGUCCCCAUCUCAAUUGGAAAGGUUUUGACAAAGAAGAAUAAAGUUUCUAGGGUAAUAAACAUGCUUUCUUCUGUUUGCAGGGUAUUGUCAGAGACCACAGCCAAAAGUUGGGAAAUAAUUUUUAGAGCAAUCGAUAAGUCAGGAGGGAGAUUCAUCCUAGCAGCUGCUCUGGUAGUGUGUCCUUACCAGCCAUGGCUAACAUUGAAUGUGCUUUUGAUAUUCUCACUAUUCACAUCAAUGCUAUUCUUUCUGUACGUGGGUGCAGUCAGCAUGUAUUACGCAAAAGACGAUCUGAUUACAUUUGUCGAAAUUGCGCAUGCGUAUUCAUUUAUAUUAGCAUUUUUGAUACUACUUUUCAACCAUUAUGCAUUUAAUUUAAGAGCAACCCAGGACAUUUUCAAAGCAAUCGGUACUGGGACAUUUGAAUACAAAACUAAAUACUGCGAAGAAGAGGAUGAAAAAUUGAGGGGAACUAUGAAAUUCUACCAUACUAUUUUUCAGAAUGGUUUCAGAGUAAUCAUUUUGUUAGCUUUUAUUCUUCUGGCUAUUCUAGCGCCGUUCUUGAUAAUAUACUUUGGCGGAGCAGACAGACAAAGGAUAAAAGAAAUCAAUUACAACUUACCGGUGCCGCUUUGGAUGCCUUUCGAUAUGGACACAAACUUGGGCUUUUUUUGUGGCUACUUUCUAGUAAUGGCUGAGGUGGCUCUAGUAGGUCUUUAUUUGGCGGCAGCUAUUCCGUUCAUAGUUUUUGUGGCUUUCGAGGUGAACACUCAGUACCUGAUACUUAUGAGAUCCAUUUUGAGCUUGGAACACCGUGCCCUGGAGAAGUACACUGGAUACAGCCAGAUGAAAAAUCCUCAAAUCGAUCUGCUGAGAGAUGAUCCGAUUUAUGUGAGAUGUCUUCACGAUAGCCUCAAAGAAAAUAUACUUCAUCAUCUUGAAAUUUUAAGGCUUUUCAAUCUCUAUCAAGAACUCACUUCCACGCUUUUUGGAGUUAUCAUUGGAGUCAGCAUGAUAAUCCUUGCGUCUUUGUCCAUUGUGCUUACAAAGACAGACUUAUUUUCAUUUGAAACCUUCAAAUUCGCGUUCAUCUUUAUCGUGGAGCUUAUAAUUGUAUUUGGUUAUUGUCUGAUGGGAACAUUUCUGACAAAUGGAAGUCAAGAGAUUCCAAGUGCAUUAUAUAACUGUCCUUGGGUGAAUUUUAAUGAAGGUCAGAGGAGAACUAUGAAAAUAUUCCAAUUCAAUUCAUCAAUAAGUAUUGAGCUGAGAGGAAGUGGACUGUUUUUGAUAGAUCUUCAGUUGUUUGUACAGAUAGUACAGACGACAUAUUCGAUUUUCAAUAUUUUUUCGUCAAUGGAAAGCUAAACUUGAGAAACAUGUGAACAACUUUACAAAUCUGGAUGGGAUUAUGCAAAAAAUUCAUAGCUCUCAUUAAUAAUUAACGAAUUAUUCAUUGAACAUUGCUAAAUAACAGAUUUUAAGGAAAGAGAGAAGAAAAAUGUGGAACAAUAUUAACGUAACUCAAUUCAAAUUUUUUGUAACGAACUAUAAGGACGAUUGUAUAACUGAAUGAAUUCACUGAUUGAGCAUUAUUAACCAAAACGAAUAUGUUGAAAUGGGCUAUAGCAAAUAAAUCAUGUUGUGAAGAAAAAUUCUGUAAACUAUUUAUAAUACACUUUAGAAUUCAGAAGUAAACUUACCAAAAUUUCUAUCUGAAA